AUAAGAGAUAAGGCGCCCACAGGCCACCAACCCUCGGGCGCGAAGGCCCGUGAUAAACCGCGCGUAAACCGAAAUGGCCGAUUAGGUACAAUUUAGUACUAUUUGUACAAGGAAAUUUUCCCACCGUCUAUACUUAUUCGAAGAUUUUCAACAUUAAGUAGGUGAUCGCUCUCGAGCGCGAUCGCCUCUUGCACACAACACCAAGUCUCGAAAAAAGAUCUGUAUAACGAACGAGAUAGUCGACAUCUUGUGGGCGAAUAAGUUGCGGCGCCUUUUAUUUUAUUUUUAUUUUUUUUUCUCAAGUAGCGCUGCUGGUCUGUCCGAACGACCCAGUUCUUUUAGGUAGUCACCGGUACCAAUGAUGGACUUUCGGAGCACAAAUCUUUGGAGUAAAUUAUCACUUUUACGACGCAGUCGCGCGAGCAUAAGAUGACCUUCGACAAUGGAGAUUUGGAAGGGCGCCCACCCUAUAUCCACUCCAUGCUCGCGGGAGGAAUGGGUGGAACGACGGGCGAUAUGUUGAUGCACUCACUCGAUACCGUCAAAACUCGACAACAAGGUGACCCGCACAUGCCACCUAAAUAUUCCACACUAGGUUCAUCUUAUUAUACGAUAUGGCGACAGGAAGGAAUUCGACGUGGGUUAUAUGGAGGUUGGCUCCCGGCGAUGAUGGGUUCUUUCCCGGGCACAGUACUCUUCUUUGGAACCUAUGAAUGGAGCAAGAGGCAUAUGCUAGACUACGGAAUCCAGCCUCACGUCUCCUAUCUGAUAGCUGGUUUCAUCGGCGAUUUCGCCGCAUCUAUAGUCUACGUACCCUCGGAGGUGUUGAAGACUCGCCUUCAACUUCAGGGCCGGUAUAACAACCCUUAUUUCAAAUCUGGAUACAAUUAUCGCGGUACUUUCGACGCUGUGAGAACCAUUAUCAGGAAAGAAGGGUUUUCAGAACUAUUCUCCGGCUACAAGGCAACUUUAUAUCGAGACCUCCCAUUCUCCGCGCUACAAUUCAUGUUUUACGAGCAAUUCCAAAGCUGGGCUCGUGAAUAUAAGAAGAGCAGAGAUAUCGGCGUACGAUUGGAGCUUCUAACCGGUGCUGCCGGUGGCGGAUUAGCCGGAGUGCUUACAUGCCCUCUUGACGUCGUCAAGACCCGGUUACAAACACAGAUCGAACCUGUCCCGGCUGUGGCCAGACCGAAAGAGCGCUUGGCUACAGAGCCUCUGUCGGGUCUUAAAGAGUUGGCUUCUACACAAACGCAAUCCCCACCUCAACCCAAGUUGCAAAAGCGCCCUAUAUCCACAUCGUCGCCUUCAACACAUACACCGCGGCCGGGCGCGAUCCCAUUAGACGAAGAUUCAAUAUUGAGGGGGCUCAAGCUCAUCUACAAAACGGAGGGAAUUGGGGGAUGGUUUAGGGGGGUCGGCCCGAGAUUUGUCUGGACCAGUGUACAAAGUAGUUGCAUGUUGUUCUUGUAUCAAACCAUGUUACGAAAAUUAGAGGUAUGGCUUCCGGUAGAGAGAUCGGGCUUCUCUGCUUAACCCUUCAUAAAAGGGGGCAGGGAGGAAGGGAGGAGGCGUUGGAUCCUGCGUCGGUGAAAGGGGGGUUCAAAGGGGGGCAUUGUAACAACAUCCCAAGACAUGUGCACGGCGUUCAAGGAAGACAGGGGCACGAAGGAAAAAAGAAUAGACGGAGGGAUAGAAAUCUCAAUAUUGAUCUUAUAA